AAUCACUUAAAUUUUGCUUUUUGUAAAAUUUUAAUUUUUUUCUUGAUUUUAACAAUACGGAUAUUAGAUCGCGGCCAUCUUGAUCUUCUUUACCCUGAAGGACUCUGAGGCUCCGUCAUGAGUUCUCUCAAAUUACAAAAGAGGCUAGCCGCCUCGGUUAUGCGAUGUGGAAAAAAGAAGGUCUGGCUGGAUCCGAAUGAAAUCAACGAGAUCGCCAACACUAAUUCUCGCCAAAACAUCCGUAAGUUGAUCAAGGAUGGUUUAAUCAUCAAGAAACCUGUGGCGGUGCACUCCAGAGCUCGAGUUCGCAAAAACACCGAAGCUAGACGUAAAGGUCGUCAUUGUGGUUUUGGUAAAAGGAAAGGUACAGCGAAUGCUCGUACACCUCAAAAGGAUCUUUGGAUUCAACGUAUGAGAGUUCUUCGUCGACUGUUGAAAAAAUAUCGUGAGACGAAGAAAAUCGACAGGCAUCUUUACCAUGCUCUGUAUAUGAAAGCCAAGGGAAACGUGUUCAAGAACAAGAGAGUACUGAUGGAGUAUAUCCACAAGAAAAAAGCCGAGAAAGCUAGGGCUGAAAUGCUUUCGGAUCAGGCCGAGGCACGUCGUACUAAAGUUCGUGAGGCACGUAAACGAAGAGCCGAACGUAUCGCUGCCAAGAAACAAGAACUCUUGCAAUCGUAUCAACGCGAGGAUGAAGCUGCUGCGGCGCAGAAGAAGUAAAUAACAUCGAAAACAAAAUUUAUUGUAUAAAUAAAUGGAAAAAAACCAAAA